AUGCUGCUCCCUUCAGCGUUCCCGUGCGACGGCCUUGCGUCGACCGCACCCCGACCAACCCGACCUCAACUCCCCUCAUUCUCUGCAUAUACACCUCUACCCAAAACAGCAACAUCAUCAGACGAUCCUACACUUGCGUCGAGCUGUCGCGCCCUGCACAGCAUCCUUGGAAACCCGCUCCGCGCACCUCGACCGCCUCCCAGAGCACCUGCGCGACAGUUGCGCAAUCCUUUUGGUGACGAGCUGGCCACCACACCGCCGAGAAGUCCACGCGCUACGAUCCCUCGCGGCGCAAAGAAGCGUGGCCGCGAUGAGUUCGAGGCUGAUUUACAGAAUACACAUUACGGCGCAAGUACGUCAGAGCAUGCACCAGACACCAACAUCUUGUCAACGCCAAAGCGAAGGCGACGCAUACCGCUAGACAUGCCGCUUGGCCUGUCAGCCGCAGAUUUCCAGUCUCUCGAUGCGCCACCGGUCGGAACGCAAAAUCGACACCAACAGGAUCACGACGGCGACCUGAACAUGCCCGAACUAUCUCACGACUGUCUUUCAGAUUCGGACGACGAUGUUGACUCUGGCUACGGACCGUCAAACGGUCCUUCACCAACUUUGACCAGCAUGGACGGCCCAGCCUGGUCGGUCGAUGAUGAUCGCAUACUGGUAGAGACGGUCCUCGAGAAACUACAGCUAUCAAAGCGCGCGUGGAACGACUGCGCGCGGAGACUCGGCAAGGACCGCGACAGUAUAGGACGGCGCUGGAAGGCGCUCGUCGAUGAGGGAGCGGUCGGACUUAAAAUCCGACGAGGUAAACUGAUGCGAAGAACAUCAAUGGAAGUACCCGGGUGGUAA